CCAAUACUCAGGACCCCACACCGACCACACGACCAACACCCCCUUUGGAAUGUACUACUUUCUCUCCUCCACACAGAAUGAUGUAACACAACCAUCCGCUGCUAUGUCUUCACCUCUGUAUCAACCUGCUCUGGUACUACAUGUAUGGAAAUAAUGCGGGGACUCUGAAUAUUUACCAGAGAAGUGCAGAUGAGGCUAAAGAGAUGCUUGUACUUUCCCUCAGUGGAGCUCAAUUUCCACUGUGGAGACCUGCCCAGGCCGCGCUGCUGCCUCGAUCCCAGCCCUACAGGAUUGUGGUGGAGGGGGUGCUGUCUGGCCCUUCUGAGGAGGGGGGCAUAGCGUUUGAUGAUGUGCAUUUGACAGAGGCUCACUGCUCUCCUCCGGGACACUGUGACUUUGAGACCAAUCUGUGCAGCUGGAUUAACAUGGGGCAGAUUGACCAGGCAGACUGGCUCAGGGGCACAGGGGCAGGGGUGGAAUCAACCACCAGACCUCCCGUAGAUCACACCACCAAUUCUUCUAGUGGUUAUUACAUCUAUGUGGACAGCUCUGUGGGGCAGUGGGGAGACCAGUCCUUUCUCAUUGGUGAGGUUUUCCAGCCAUCCAACAGAGGGCACUGCAUUACUUUCUGGUACCACAUGUAUGGAGAGCAUGUUGGGACACUCAGACUCCACAUUAAUGACAGGAGAACAUAUGAGGCUGGGAAUGUGGAGGGCAUGUUGAAGUGGGAAGAAAGUGGAAACAAGGGAAAACAAUGGAAAGAAGCCAGUGUGACCAUUAAACAUAAUGAGCCAUUCUGGUUUGUGUUUGUCUAUCUAAAAGGACAAAACCCAGUGGGACACGUUGCCCUUGACGACAUCAGUAUUGUCCCUUUUUCUUGUUACUCAGAACCUCCGAUCGACCCAGAUGCCAAGCAUGAUGCGUUAACCAUUGGCCUUGGAGUUAGUUUCACGAUGCUGGCUGUUAUAAUCAUCUCUGUUGUUCUUUUCAUUUUCAGCCGGAAAAGAUGUUACAAGGAAAAUGACUUAAUGAAUUCUGAGCUUUUAGAUCAUAUUUCAGCUAUUGAUCUUUCUGACUGUAACAGUGUGCCACUGGAUGCAAACACAUCUAAUGCUUAGAAAAUAUUCAAAUGUAUAUGAUAUUUAUAAGAUAUUACCUGAUAUUUACAUUUAUAUAACCAAUUAUGCCAAUAAAUAAAUAAAUAAUAGAAAGGAUUAUUGGGCAAAAAUAAGUUUGAAAUGUGUUUUAUUCAUUUUGUUCACACAUAGAUUAAACAUGGUAAAACCAGCAUGGCUUGGCUUCACACGGUGCUUAGCUGUUUUUGUAGAUGCAGACAGCAGUGACACCACAGUCGAUGUUUUGGAGCGACUCUCCGGGCGGUUGUGGAACUGGCUCUAAUCAUGAGAUCAUCCAUUAUGCUCAUCCACUGUGCUGAACAACUCCUCAGAUACUAAACAAUGAUGUCAGAUAGAUAUUUUACCACAUUUUAUAAAUAAUGCAAUACAGUGCGGCCUAAGAGGAUGCUUCUUCCUUUCAUUAUACUGGAUUUUGCCUGGACAGCAUCACAUUUUUCAGUUAUUAGUUUUUCAUUUUCUAAUUGGAGACAGUCAUUCUCUUUUUGUAAAUGAUAAAUUUUAGAUUUGUGAGUGUGUCUUUUUCUUUUAUGAUAUUUUCUGUAAUUUCUUUGGCCGACCUGGCCCUGUUAUAUUCUCAAAUAACACCUUUAUGCUAUCAUUUGCUAACAAAAUCAACGUAAAAAACAUCUAGUUGGCAGAUACAUUUUGAUAAAACCUUAAAUAAUAAUAACAAUUUAAUAUAAAAAUUCAAAUCAGUUGUGUUUGUACAGCCUCGUAUGCGUGAAUGCAGCUUGACAAUGGGCAUCUUUCCAAAAGGGGGACCCUUGGAUAUUUUGCACGAGUUUAUUUGAACAUUCAUGUUUCUUCCAUCAGUCCUUCAGAUAUAAUUUAGAUUUCCUCAUGUUGGUCUAACCAUUAAACUGAUUUUGUGCAUUAUUAUGUUAAAUGAACUUUAAUUUAUAAAUCAGAUCUUAUGUCCAGACAGUUUGUCUUUUACUUACUCUAUCUACCUCCGCCUAAAUUAUGCAAGUCUAUUGUUUUACAUUUUAUACUGAAAUUAUAUAAAUCAAAAAGUCAUAGGAUGUGAAAAAGAUGUGAAAAUAUAUAGAAGGUUGAAUUUGGUUAUAUCAUGCCAUGUUUAAAAGCUCAAAAUUGUGUAUAUAAAGAAAAUAUUAAAAUAUAAUGUUUAUUCUAAACAGCCUGCAGUAGUCCAAAGUGAUUCCUCACUUAACUUAUACAUUCUGAGCAUCUUCAUUUCAAGAGCUUUCCACAACUCAGAGACCAGUGUAGUUUUGCCAUGGCAUUAACAACUAAUUAGUAUGCUAACACACACUUACUGAUUAACAGACAAUUUGC